CAGCACUCGAGCGCCGUUAGCUUCCACUUCUAUCUCAGGCCUUGCCCUUGACCUCCCACACCUUCUUUCUCCCCUUUUCUCCCUCUCGCUUCCAACCAACACUGCGACGAUGAAGGCUGCUCUGUGGCUGACACUUGCCCUGGCCCUGCUGGUGGUCGCCACAUCACGCCAGGCAGACACACAGAUCGAUGACGACCCCAACCGGCCCUGCAACGGCCACACCCAGCCCAACUGCCCAAAGCACGAAGACGAGGCCGAGGGCAACGAGGCCACCGCAUCACAAGAACAGCCCAGUGCCGACAAACAGGACACCCAGAAGCCCGUUGAACCCCGUCCCUCUGUCGGCCGCCUCCUCCAGAGGACCCGCAACGUCAGAAAGGACCCCCGGGCUUCGCAAGUCAUCGCACGCUCGGGCUUCCUUGCGCGGCUGUGCCCCCCAAUUGGCGGUAAGUCAGACAGACGCUGUCCUCCUUGCCGUCGUAGUUCGUUCAUCGUCUGUCUGCCUGUCUGUCUGCUGGUGUGUGUGCGUUUGGUCGUGCAGGUCCCGGCUGUCCCAAUGCGGCCUUCACUCAGCGUGCCGGCAUCCGCCAACAGCCGAUCCGUUCGGGCGACAAGAGGCCCCAGAAGAUAUCGGCUAACAGCUUCUUCAUCCCCUACCGGCAGUGGCCCAACAACGGAGGACAGACGCGCACCAUCUACCCUGAGUGAGUGGACGGACGGCACCGCCAGCAUGAGACAGACAGACAGACAGACACAUCCACGGCAGAGCCGUCUGCCCUUCGCAUCAUGGCUCCUCUCGUCCGUUGUCUCUGUGUGUGUGUGUGUGUGUGUGUGUGUGUUGCAGCCAAGGCAGCAAGAGUCGUGCUCUGAAGCAGACCACCAAGGCCAAGGACAAAGCCAAGGCCGCAAAACACAAAGACGAGCAGCCGCGUGAGCAGCUGAUGCUGCAGUGAAAGAGAUACGUACGUACGACAGUUGGGCCGGGCCGGGCUGGUGGUGUGGCGUUUUGAGUGAGGCUGGGCUGGGCUGGGCUGUGGUGGGGGGUCGUGUGCAUGCUGCUGCCCUGGCUUUUCUCUGCUGCUGUACACACAGACGUGGCUGUGGAUAGUUGUGUCAACUCCUUUCUCUGGGUGGGUGUGGGUGGGUGUGGGUGGGUGGGGGUGGAAAUUGUUUCUCCUCCGAAGGGAACAAUGGCAUGAGUGAGUGAGUGAGUGAGUGCGUGAGCGGACGACAUGUCUGCUGCUGCUGUUGCUGCUGUUGCUGCUGUUGCUGCUGUUGCUGCUGUUGCUGCUGUUGCUGCUGUGUGUGUGUGUGUGUCUGUGAUGGAUGGAUACGCUGUCUGUCUGCCGCGUGUGCUGUUGUGCUGUAUAUACGCAUUCCAUGACAAACAAAGUCUGUGGUUUCAUACAUACAUACGUCCACAUGGUACAUGUGGAUGGACGGCUGGCUGGUUGGCUGCAUCGAUCUGUGUUGUGUGAGUGUCGGCGGGGCCGGGCUGGGCUGGGCACAGGGCGUGUGUACGUGCCGGGCUGCGGG